AUGGAGGAUGCUGUGUCUUUGGUGGGUCAUCGACCUUCGAUUGUGAGGAUCUCUGUCAAGAACGAAGCGAAAACUCAGAAGCUAGAGCACAGUUCGAUUCCGGUGAAAGGGGUUGUUUUUGAUAAGAUUCAGUGUGUGGAAAAGAAGCCAAUCAGGGCACUUGCUAUGGAGCUAACGAAAGAGAUGCCUGCUUAUAGGAAGACUUGGAGCUACCUUGAUUCUGAUUCCAUUGAUAAACCUGGUUUAUGGCCUCCUGAGAACAAAGUCGACAAGCCUUCCUUGCACAAUCCUUUGCUAAGGCAAGAGCGUAUGGGUUAUGGUUGGUUAG